AUGAAUCAAUUCAAAACAAUGGGCUGCACGCAAACCAACGAAACCAUCAAGUUGAGCCGAAACUCGUCCUGGUGUCGUGUGUUCUUGUCGGUUGACUCAGCCCACGGUAGGAAGGCGUUAUUAGAGGAGGUCGGGGAAGCCUCCCAAAUACCGGAGUCGUUGGACGUCUUCAUGACUGAUGUACCUGUGAAGCAAAGCGGCGAGGUCAGCCGGAAGAGGAAGGCCAGCAACGACACCGCAGGCGCCAGCGUAGCCGGACAGCACCUUGCCGCUCAUCCAACACGCAACAAAAAGAGCAAGACAAACAAGCGUGUCGAUCCUGCUGCACAUGAUGUUCUUUGCGGCAGGGGAGCUGGUAUCACAAAGCACCCUGGUAACAAGAGAUGGCGUGAAUUGAUUCGCAACAACCAAGAGAAGUACACAUCCCUACCUCGCAAUCAACGGCCUCUCAUUGCUGAGCAAAUUGUCAAGGCUGUCCGAUCUCUCAAUCCUCCUGGAAGAUUCCUCUCCAAGGAUGUAAACACACAGCUCUGGUACGAGAUUGGAGAUGCAAAGGCUGCGGAGAAAACGGCACAAGCUAUCAGAGACUCCAAGAAGCUUGGCAAAGACCAAUCACCACCCUCCACUCCUGUCACUGAAAAUGACACAGUGUCCACUCCCUCCAUUGCAUCUGCCCAAUUUGUAUCUCCCAUUCCAGAUUCCACCUCCAAUAUCAAAUGCACUCCAACUUUAGGCAGACCCAAUCUCAAUAGACUGACCACAGAUGAUACGUUUACCCAAAGAAUGGAAGGAUUCACAUUCAUUCCACCGAUGCUUGAACUUGAAGGUUCUGCUGUGCUCAUUGAUUUGGGAAGCUCGACUCAUCACAUGAUGGCUAGCCCUUCUGUUCACUGCUCUCCUGACCUCCCAAAGCCAGCCAUGAUUGCCAGAUCUAGCACUUUUGACAGAGCCAGCACUUUUGACAGACGCAUCCAACAAUGCACAUUCACUGUCCCAAACCUCCCGCUACUUGCCCCAGAAGAGUCAGGUCUCAUUUUUGCUGGAGCCAUCUGUUUAGAGUAA